AUGUCUGGCAAUAAUACUAAUACUGCUAUUAAACAAUGUAUUGAAUCUGAAGUGGUUAAUGAGAUAACAAUAACAAAUGCUAAUGCAAUUAUUAUGCAUGUAUUAUUUGUGAUGUGCUUCUUAUCAGUAUCACUUCAAGUGAUCGUUAUCAUUAAUGCAUUACGAUACAUUCGUAAACAUGCAAGUGAAUGCUGCAUGCAUAUUUUUUUAUUCAAUAUGACUUUAGCUGAUCUUUUAUUAACAGGUAUUGCAUUACCAAUGGAAUUUUUAAUUGAUAUUGAUACGAUUAAAUUACAAUUUCCAUAUCAUAUUAAUUUAAUGAUGCAUUUCCUUCUUUGGCUUGGUACUUCUGUUUCCGGAUUAAAUUUGGUGCUUUUAAAUGUUGAAAAGCUAAUUUUUUUCAAAUUUCCUUUAAGGUACUCAGAAUUGGUGACACGAAAUCGUGCAUAUUUAAUGGCAUUUGCUACCUGGUUACUUAGUGUCAUCUUUAUUUACCUAGCAUUUUAUACUCGAGCAUUAAUUUGUCGUUAUAAUUGUGAACGACUUACCACUGAUAAUAAUCGUUACGGUCCAUUAAUGUAUUUAUUUUUUACGUUUUUUGUUUCCGCUUUUCCGGCUUUAUCAUCGUUUAUGGUUGCGCUCUAUUUAUUACACAUUGUUAGCAUUCAUAGGAAACAAAUUGCUGAAGAGCAAAAAUUAUACACAGCAAAUGGUAUAUGCAAGAAAAAUAAUGCAAUGAAAUCUGGAAUGCGUACAUUUUAUUUCAUUUUUAUUUCAACUUUUUUCACAAUUUUAACGCUAACACCAUAUCGUUUGGUGACACUGUACAGGACAAUCAUUGAUAAGGAUACAGUGAUAAGAACAUGUGGUAGUGUUUUUAUCAGUGUGCUUACCUACUAUGCGAUGGAUUUAAAUCCGAUUUUGAAUCCAUUAUUAACAGUCAUCAUUCUACCACAAUAUCGUUUACAAUGUUUAAAUUUUCUUAUAUCACUUCGACUGAGAAAUAAUCAUGAUGAGAUAUGUGAUAAAUAA